AUGUCUCCCCCCCUCGCAGACCGGAGCACCAACCUCCAAAUGCAAACGCAGACAGCCCGAGGACAACAGAACCUGCACAAGUCGCUGCUUGACCGCCAGCUCGCCGACCGAGAUGGCAAAUCCAGCAAGCCCUACGUCAGCCCAUCCGACGCCAUCCUCAGUCCAGCAAGCCAGAAACUGGCAAGUCUGAAGCAAAGGCAAAUCGUGAAGCAGUGA